UCCACGAACUAAGCCAUGGAGAAGAAAUCAGUGGCUGGAUUAUGCUUCCUCUUCCUUGUUCUCUUUGUUGCUCAAGAAGUUGUCGUGCAGACUGAGGCAAGGACUUGCGAGAAUCUGGCGAAUACUUACAAGGGUCCAUGCAUCACCACCGGCAGCUGCGAUGAUCACUGCAAGAACAAAGAACACUUGAAUAGUGGAAGGUGCAGGGAUGAUUUCCGGUGUUGGUGCACCAAAAACUGUUAACUGGAUUCUCUCCAACCCGAACAAAAGAGGAUGCAGGGCAUUUUAUAAAUAAAAAACUAUAUAUAUACAAUAAGCCUUCUACUGCAUCUAUAUAUCAACUUUGUACUAUAGUACUACUUUCAUGUCAGAACUAUGUCUGUAGUCUCUGUCACUGCAUAACAGCUAUAAGUUAUGCACUUAUGUUAUGAAAUGAAUAGUGAAUAAACUUCUUAUGUUGCAAAACGUCA